UCCGAGCCAAUAGCAUCGAGGCAGGUUUAAAGGCGUCGACAGCACGGUGGCUCUUCACUUCCCGGUGAAGAUGGCGGAUGAGAAUGAGACAGCACCGAUGCCGGAGAAAGAAGAUGUAGAGGACCAUGGACACUGUAGCGACUGUGAAAACGAAGAGCACCAAUUUGACGAUGGUGAACGGGGUCUCGGCGGCGACACUGGUGCCAAGAAGAAGAAAAAGAAGCAGAAAAAGAAGAAGAAGUCUGGAGCCACUGAAGAAGCUCCAGACCCACUUGCCAAGGUGAACUCGUUGCCAGCUGAUAAGCUGCAGGAGAUCCAGAAGGCCAUUGAGCUGUUCUCAGUUGGACAAGGUCCAGCCAAAACCAUGGAGGAGGCAAGUCGGAGGAGUUAUCAGUUUUGGGACACACAGCCGGUACCCAAACUCGGGGAGACUGUAACAUCACAUGGAUCCAUCGAGCCUGACAAGGACCACAUUCGAGAGGAGCCAUACAGCCUCCCACAGGGCUUCAUCUGGGACACCCUAGACCUGGGGAGCCCUGCUGUGCUCAAGGAGCUUUACACUCUUCUCAAUGAAAACUAUGUGGAAGAUGACGACAACAUGUUCAGAUUUGACUACUCUCCUGACUUCUUGCUCUGGGCCCUGCGGCCUCCAGGCUGGUUGCCUCAGUGGCAUUGUGGAGUAAGAGUGAACUCCAACCAGAAGCUGGUCGGGUUUAUCAGCGCUAUUCCAGCCAACAUCCACAUCUACGACAUAGAAAAGAAAAUGGUUGAGAUCAACUUCCUCUGUGUCCACAAGAAGCUUCGCGCCAAGCGAGUGGCUCCAGUUCUGAUCAGGGAGAUCACUAGAAGGGUCAACCUGCAGGGUAUCUUCCAGGCGGUGUACACUGCAGGAGUGGUGCUGCCCAAACCGGUGGGCACGUGCAGGUACUGGCAUCGCUCUUUGAACCCAAGAAAACUAAUUGAAGUGAAAUUCUCCCACCUGAGCAGAAACAUGACUAUGCAGCGCACCAUGAAGUUGUACCGCUUGCCAGAGGCACCAAAGACUUCUGGUCUGCGACCGAUGACCAAGAAGGACAUCCCGGUGGUGCAUCGCCUCCUCCGUGAGUACCUGAGCCAAUUCAACCUGGUGCCUGUCAUGAACCAAGAGGAAGUGGAACACUGGUUCCUCCCUCGGGAGAACAUCAUCGACACAUACCUGGUGGAGGCCGAGGGCAAAGUGACGGACUUCCUGAGUUUCUACACACUGCCAUCUACUAUAAUGAAUCACCCUGUGCACCGCAGCCUAAAAGCAGCGUAUUCCUUCUACAAUGUGCACACCACCACUCCCCUGAUUGACUUGAUGUCCGACGCCCUCAUCCUUGCCAAAUCGAAAGGCUUUGAUGUAUUUAAUGCACUGGAUCUAAUGGAAAACAAGACUUUCUUGGAGAAGCUGAAGUUUGGGAUUGGAGAUGGCAAUCUGCAGUAUUAUCUGUACAAUUGGAAGUGUCCCAGCAUGGGGCCAGAAAAGGUCGGGCUGGUUCUGCAGUGACAUCUCCUUACAACGUCGGGAAAGUGUCACCAACAGGCCUGAAGACCACACCACAGACUGAUGAUUUCCAGCUUUUGGAGAGGAAAUCCACCACUCAUUUUUACUUUUUGACCCUUUGAACUUUGACCUGCACAACUGCUGCCAGGCUGAGGGUUUGGGGAGCUCUUCUCCCUCCCUCCCUCCCAUCCUCCCUCCAUCACAUGGACCUUAAGCCAUCUUAGUGACCAUUGCAAGCAACUGUAUUUCAUCUAAAAGCUGUUUUCCAUUUGUACCAAACACACCAGAACAGUUGGCACAGAUUACUGGUCACCAGAACACUCACUGUUGGCAAACCUACAAAACCUGCAGUACCUGUAAAUAAUAUCAGACGUAUCUGCGAAGAACGCCCUAGCUCCUGCAGAGCAGAACCUACUGUUUUAUUCUACUCCUAAUCAUUGGAAGUGCUUUUUGCAAUUAAACUAAAUCUGUUCUUAAGUUUUAGACGUAACAAAAUCAACAUGAGCAGGAAUAUUCUAAAGAGAGAGAGAGAGAGGAUGUAAUAAAUACCAAAAGUGGACAUAAGAUAAGGGCUUCUGUUAAGAGUUCUUUUUUCAACUUUGUAUUUUAUUUAAUUUUGCUCCUCACCAUCUGUUGGCAUUCAUGAAGGUGUCUCGGCACUGCUUGAAGUUAUUACCAGAGUUGGCAUGCAUCCUCUGGAGCUUCAUAUUAACACUCAUGGGCGUCCUUAUCCAGCCCAUCGUACCGACAAAAGAAAUCCAGAAGCAAGGACAAAUCAAUCUCCGCUGAUCACAGUUGAGCUGAUACAGCUGAUUCAUUUAUCAACGGGAAUGAGGUUUACGCCAACACCUUUGGAUUUAAGUGAGGCCCAUUUGUGACUUCCACUGUUAAAUACCACAAACCUGUUUUAUUUUUCCAAAAUAUCUGCAAGGUUUCAGGUGGCAAUCAGAAAUCCAAAGUACUUCAGGGCACUUUUAAAGUUUUUUUUAAAGCUUAAUAGAUAACUAAAACCUCUGGCGGGAAAUCUAAAAAAAAUAUUUAAAAGGUAUUUGGUAAAAAUGGAAAUGACCAAAUUAUAAACAAGUUUGAGUGUACAUGCAGCAUCAUGCUGAGCUCUAGCUGUAUAUAUUGAGCUGGUUUGAUCACGUCACCUGUUCAAUUGGAAUUAAAUCAGAUGUGACGACACACCAGAGUUUGUAGGCUACCAAGCAUAGUUCAGCAGAUCUUGCAUACUGACUAUGCAGUUGCUUUCAGAGGGGGGUGAGGUUUUAUGGUCAGAAUCUGGAGCUGGGCCUGUGAAAUCAGUCUGGACUGGCAACACGUGCAGGGUGGAUGGUGAUGAGUGGGGAAGCACUCCUGUUGGGGUUUCUCGUGUAAAACGUGUGCUAAAGGAUGUUUAAAAAAGGUGAGUCUUGCGGUGUUGUGAUGCAGGAAAUGAAUGAGAAGAUGGAGGUGAUAUUUUUUUUCUUUUAAGCAAAAUAAAAUAAAAUCUAGCAGUUGCUGUGAA